AUGGCUUCCAUUGGGACUAUUUUUACGUACCCGUUCAAUCCUCGGGUUAUGAAGGUCCAAGCGGCCGCGGCCCUGAACGGACGUACGGUAGAUAUUGCGCCGGAUUUCGUGAUGACCAAAACCAAUAAAUCACCCGACUUUCUACGCGACUUUCCUCUAGGCAAGGUUCCAACCUUUAGGAGUGUGACCGGUAUCAAGCUCUUCGAGUCCGACGCCAUUGCGCAGUAUGCCGCCGAAAGUGGACCCGCGAGCGUACAGCUGCUGGGCUCCUCCAUAGAUGAGCGUGCCCAGAUUCGUCAAUGGACCGGAUUCGCUGACCACGAGCUAUUCGAGCCCUUGCAGAAUAUGGUGCUCUGGCGCUACGGCAUGGCUCCGUUCGACGAACGUCUCGAAGCAACUUCACUUCAGCGGCUGGAAAUCUCACUCGGUAUUCUGGAGGGACGUCUUCAGGAUCACAAAUAUCUAGCAUCUGGACAUAUCAGCUUGGCUGAUCUUUCCGUCGCGGCGGCGAUGUACUGGGGCUUUGGUCAAGUUGUCGAUGCGGAAAUGCGUUCCAAGUAUCCUUUAACUGUGGAAUGGUACCUUCGGGUGAUCGAACAGGAGGGGGUUAAGCAGGCAUUUGGUGAGCCGAACUUCAUUGAUAAGAGGGUCGUCUCGCCGCAAGGGAAUGCUUAG